AUUACACAUAAUUACCCUCCAUUAUCAUAUUUACCCGAUAAUAAUAGUUUGAAGUCUGAUACUGGUUUGGAAGUAGAUGUAAUGAAUUUAUUAGCCGAAAUGGAGCAUUUCAAUGUCACCUACAUAUAUGAUGGUGUGUUUGAGAGAUUCGGAUCUGUAAAUAAUAAUAAUGAAGCAACUGAACUUCUUGGUUCAGUUCAAAAUGGAACAGUUGAUAUAGCAAUGGGCGGGUUCCUUUUGAAGCUCGAUCGAGUACAAUUAUUCGAUUUCAUUUGGUCGUAUUUCACUUUCACAGAUGAUUAUUUAGCAUUUUACUCGUCACGGAGUGAAAACAUACCUAGAUGGCAAAUUUUUUAUUACGUUUUACAACGUGAAACAUGGAUUAUUUUUUUUGUUGUCAUCGUAUCUACAGUUUUUCUACUUAUUAUGUUGGAAAAAAUAUCUUCCUAUUUAAAGCACACAUUAACGAGUGACAUCACUUCGACAUUAAUCUAUAUGUUUGGUUUUAUUUGUGGACAAUCCGGAAUUCAUAUUCAAAGCAGAUUAAAAUUAAAAAUGUGCCUUUUAGUGUGGGCUUGGUUUGCCUUUUUUGUAACCGGAUAUUAUCAGUCUGAACUUAUAACCUUAUCUACAUACACGAGUAAAUCUAUCGAAGUUUCAGAUGUAAAAACGUUAGUUAGGAAAAACUACAGCGCUUGUAUUCCGAGUACUAUGGUAUGGUUUAUGAAAAACAUUGAGGGCGAAAAGCCUAAUUUCAACUCUUUAAAAGGAUUACCGCGGGAGUGUGAAGUGACAGAGUCUGCAAUUUUAUACUUGACAACAAAUAAAGGUUUUUAUUCAGUUAAUAGUUUCUACAAGUACCUUUAUGUCAUAAACCACACAAAUAAAUGUAAAAUACACGUUCUGCCUCAUGCACCUCUUCAACGUGUGGCGCGGGUUAUAUAUGUCAAUAAAGGCUUUCCAUUUAUUGAUAAAUUUAACUACCAAGUGCUUAAAUUAUCAGAAUCUGGAUUGUUUAUAAAAAGUAUGCGUAACUUGAAAAUAUAUCAAAUUUCUGAUUAUAUUAUGAAGGACGAUUGUGUUGGAAGAGGUACAUUAGCUUUUAAGUUUCAGCAUUUGUUUCCUAUAUUUGCAAUAUAUGGAGUCGGUGUAUGUGUGGCGACUUUUGUUUUUAUCAUAGAACUAAUUAAAUUUUACUUUAAAUAAUGAUAACGAAGACAA